AUGCUCCUCCAUCCCUCCCUGAAUCAUCACAUCACACCAGCUGCGGACGACCCGUGCAUGGUGAGGGCAUACAAGUACCGCAGCGAGGUGGGGCCGGUGCUCAACCCGUGCAGCAGCUAUCAGUCAUACCAAGUGUAUUUCUUUCAAGUCGGCUCAAAUUGCUCCAUCUCUCCCUCCCUGCCAUGUCCUAACAGCUGCGGACGACCCCUGUUUGCUGCGGACGACCCCUGUUUGGUGAGGGCAUACAAGUACAGCAGCGAGUCGUCAUCAGUGCUCAACCCGUGCGGUAGCUUCCAGUGCACCCCUGACGGCACCUCCAACCACUGCGCCUGCACGGCGCCCUUCAAGGAGGUCACCAACGCUGACGGCACGCGCUCAUGCGCUUACAGUGAGUGUGACAUUGUUGGUGGUGCUUGUGUGCUCUGCUGGAUGAACGUGUGCAGGAGCAGCACGCGCAACCCUUGUGAGACAGGCACGUGCAUGGACGAUGGCCAGGGCGCCUACACGUGUGUGUGCCCGCCCACACACACCCCCGAUACCACCAUUGACGGCUUCCCCACCUGCUCCAAAGGCAAGGUGCUCAAGGUGCCUGCACCCAAUAAUCUGCCCGCCUGCUCUGCUUACUACUACACUUACUCAAGCGACACAUGUGCCUUCCUGGCCCUCUCCUCCUCCACACUCGAGCAACUCAACCCGGACCUCGACUGCGGCUCACCGCUCCCCGCCUUGCACUCCCUCUGCAUCGAGCGCAACGCGCGUGCCGCAGCCAGCAUCCCCAGCUGCCUGGUGACCACCUUCAUCACCACCCAGGCCAGCUGCAGCCAGACACUGGAUGCGUCCAAGGGGGCGAUUUCUAUGGUGGAGCUUUACCGCAUGAACCCUGGGCUCGUGUGCAGUAAUGCCGUGCCCACGCCUGCGGGGGUUCCUGGUGACAAGCUGGGAGUGACGGUGAGUGAGCCUGGUUGGUUGGGAUGGAUUGUGGGUGCAGUGGUUGUAGUUCCUUUCAGGUUCCUCACACUCCCUCUGCGCCGCGGCCAGCAUCCCCAUCUGUCUGGUGACCACCUUCAUCAGCACCCAGGCCGGCUGCAGCCAGACAGUGGACGCGUCCAAGGGAGCCCUCUCCAUGGUGGAGCUCUUCAGGAUAAACCGGGGGCUCGUGUGCAGUAA